GUGUGUAACUCCUGUUUAUUUGUCCUGGCAGCACGCAGCAUCACAUGUGAAGGCUCUGAUGCUUUACUACAAUGUGGUAAGCUAGUCAACACUACUGAACAGUGUAUAUACUCAGCUAUCACCUGUGUUUUAUACUGUAGAUUACCUACACCAAAGAUGCCCACCCUUGGCUCUCCUUCGUUCCUUAUCUAUCUUUUCGUUGUCCGUCUCUUCCUCAGAUGGAGGUAAGAUCCAUAUCGAGCGUGCCAACUAUGGUCGUCGUCAACGCAACGUGUGUUCCAUUGGGCGCCCCGCUAACCAACUCGCCAACACCAACUGCCUCAGAAAAUCCACCACCAGGAAGAUGGCAGCAAGGUACUGGAACCUGUGGUGUGUAUUUACCUGUAGACACCCAUUGGCUGCAGCCAUAACCACUACCUGUCUUUGACACACAGGUGUGACGGGAAGAGCCAGUGUGUCGUCCCGGCAUCCAAUUCUGUUUUUGGAGACCCCUGUGUCGGAACCUUUAAGUACCUGGACACCGAAUACUCCUGUGUCCAACAGCAAGUAGCAAGUCAGUCUUUGCUAAUAAUACUUGGUGGUGGGCACCAAUAUCGUUAAAUUGAAUAUCUGUAUGACUGAGGCAUGUUGGGAUAUUGUUUAAUACUUCGGUGAAAGAGCGCACUCUGCUGAUGGCUAGCAAAGCCAUAGAAUGGGUUGGGUCACCAAUGGGACCAGCUUGUGAACUUUGUUUUAUGGCCACCAUGUGUUUUAAUACAUGCCCUUUUCUAUUCUCCACUUUUACACCACCCUCAAUUCCUAACUAACCCUAGCUAGCCCACAAACGGUGGUUAUGGAACAAAGUAGCUGGCAACAACUUUCGCUAGCAUAGCUUAUUGGGAGAUCAGAGAACUGGCAGUGUGGCGCCAGAAUGACAACCUCUCACUUAACGUCGACGAAGAUGAUUGUGGACUACAGGAAACAGAGGGCCGACCACGCCCCCAUUUUCAUCGACUGUGCUGUAGUGGAGCAUUUUGUGAGCUUCAAUGUCCGCAUCACUAAGAAUCCAUCAUGGUCCAUGCACCAGUAGUAGUAUUAAGUGCACGACAAUGCCUCUUCUCCAACCUGCCCAGGAGGCUAAAAAUAUUUGGUAUUGGCCCUCCGAUCCUCAGUUCUACAGCUGCACCAUUGUGAGCAUUUUGACUGGCUGUAUCACCACUAGGUAUGGCAACUGCUUGGCAUCCGACCGCAAGGCGCUACAGAGGGCAGUGAAUACAGCCCAGUAAAUCACUGAGGCCACGCUCCCUGCCAUCAGGACCUCCUAUACCAUGCGUUGUCGGAAGGCCCUACAUUUUCAAUGACUCCAUCCACCCAAGUCCUACUGUCUGCUACUGCAUGGCAAGUGGUACCGCGGCACCAAGUCUGGAACCAGCAGUCUUCUACCCCUCCCCCCCACUCCCAGUCACUUUAUUUCUAGUUAUAUGUACAUAUCUAACUCAAUUAGCCAGUUAGCACAUGGUAAGAAGGAUGGGUAGUCGUACCACACAGGUCUCCUUUACAUUGUGGCUUAGUUGAUGCUUGCGCGCACUUAAUCUUGUGUAACAGUGAACAUCUGUUUCAGCCAACGUUAGCUAGCUCAAAUCUCGUUUAUAGCUAUUCAGACGGCACAGGCACAAAUUGUAUAGAAAUAUAGCUCUGGUCUAGCGGUACGACUAGCUAAACCAGCUUACUUUCACAUUCUGAGCAGUUUGAGAUGACGACGUCUCAUAAGGAGCUUAAACCACAGUGUAACGGUUGAAGAUAAUGCAUUUAACUUUCUACAACUCUGUUUAUGCCUAAACAUUAAUUAAUCAACGUUCCCUAUUAGUGCCCAUCACUAACACUUCACCAAGCCAUAGUAUGCCUUUAUUUGUCAGGCCAGUGUGGUGUAACUCCUGUUUUGUCCUUGCAGUAAGCAGCAUCAUAUGUGAAGGAUCUGAUUCUCAACUACAAUGUGGUAAGCAGGUCAACACUACAGUACGGUAUCCUCUCCGCUCUCAUGUGGUGUUGUGUAUAUUAGUCUCUAGCCCACACAAACACCCAGCCUUGGCCUUCUGCCUUUUCUUCAUCUAUCUCUUCCUCCUCCUCGUCUCCCUCAGAUCGAGGUAAGAUCCAUAUCCAGAGUGCCAACUAUGGUCGUCGUCAACGCAACGUGUGUUCCAUUGGGCGCCCCGAUAACCAACUCACCAACACCAACUGCCUCAGCCAAUCCACCACCAGUAAGAUGGCAGAAAGGUACGGUAACCAACGGUGUGUAUUUACCUGUACACUCAUUGGCUGUAAUUUUAACCUCUACUUGUAUUUUAAACACACAGGUGUGAUGGGAAGAGCCAGUGUGUCGUCCAGGCAUCCAACUCCGUGUUUGGAGACCCCUGUGUCGGAACCUAUAAGUACCUGGAGGUGGCUUACACCUGUGACUAA